GGGCCGGCCUACCUGCGGCGGGCGGGCGAUCCGUGGGUGCUUCCCGAGCCGCCGCAGCUUCAGCCGGGAGCCUCGGGCGAGCCCGGCCGCCUGCAGCCAGUUCUGGCCCCGCCUUGGCGUGCGGGUGGCAGGUUUUGGACUGGUUUCUAGACCCGGCGUUGCUUGCAAGUUCAGGGGGCGUUUUCAAAAGUGCUCGGUGUUAAGACGAUUUGUUUCUGCACCUACUCCUUUAUCUCACAGUUGGAGUCAGGGAAAACCAGGUGCAGAAGAUGCCCCACCCACUCUCAGCUAGGGAGCUUGUCAGAGCCUGGAAACCGGAAGCACCCAAAGGCGGGAAAGGUGAACCGGAAGCCGAGGGAAUUAGAGGCGGUCAGCUGAGGUAAUUCAGAGCAGUCUCCAGUUUGCAGUCUCCUGACUUGCGUUGGUGGUGUUUAGAAUCUUCCACCCACCCGACCGGGGAGAGGUCUUUGCCCUUGGACCUCGCAGUCUUUGCCUUGGGCUUCUUACGGCUUUUCCUGAAGCGGAAUACCGGAAGUAAAUGUUAAUAUGGAGAAUCAUUUUAAGACUGAUUCAUCAUCCUCUACCUUUGCUCUUCAAAGUUCUUCAGAGACCAUGUUUUCUAUUCAGCUACUAGAUUUCAAAACAAGUUUGCUGGAAGCAUUAGAAGAAUUACGUAUGAGAAGGGAAACAGAAACUCAGUAUGAAGAGCAGAUUGGUAAAAUUAUUGUGGAGACACAAGAACUUAAAUGGCAAAAGGAAACUCUUCAGAAUGAAAAGGAAACAUUAGCAAAGCAACACAAAGAAGCAAUGGCAGCUUUUAAAAAGCAGUUGAAAGUGAAGAUGUGUGCCUUGGAAGAAGAAAAGGGAAAGUAUCAACUUGCUACAGAAAUAAAAGAGAAAGAAAUAGAAGGAUUGAAAGAAACAUUAAAAGCAUUACAGGUUUCUAAAUAUUCUUUACAGAAGAAAAUAAGUGAAAUGGAACAAAAAGUCCAGUUACAUCUUCUGGCUAAAGAAGAUCAUCAGAAGCAACUGAAUGAAAUUGAGAAAUAUUAUGCCACAAUAACAGGUCAAUUUGGAUUGGUAAAAGAGAAUCAUGGAAAAUUAGAACAAAAUGUACAGGAAGCAAUACAAUUAAACAACAGACUUUCAGCUUUAAAUAAAAAACAAGAAUCUGAAAUAUGCAGUUUAAAGAAGGAACUUAAAAAAGUUACUUCAGACUUGAUAAAGUCCAAGGUCACAUGUCAACAAGAGAUAGGAGAAGAAAACAUCCAUUUAACAAUUAAAGAACAAAAAUUUCAAGAACUUCAAGAAAGAUUCAACAUGGAAUUGGAAUUAAAUAAGAAGAUUAAUGAAGAGAUUACGCAUAUUCAAGAAGAAAAACAGGAUAUCAUCACUUCUUUCCAACAUAUGCAGCAGUUACUUCAGCAUCAAACUGAAGUUAAUACUGAACUGGAAGCAGAGUUGAAGGUGUUGAAAGAAAAUAAUGAGACCCUUGAAAGAGAUAAUGAGCUGCAAAGGGAGAAGGUAAAAGAAAAUGAAGAAAAGUUCCUUAAUCUUCAAAAUGAGCAUGAGAAAGCACUGGGAACUUGGAAAAAGCAUGUUGAAGAACUUACUGGAGAAAUUAAUGAGAUUAAAAAUGAGUUAUCAUCACUUAAAGAAACUCAUAUUAAGUUACAAGAACAUUACAAUGAAUUAUGUCAUCAGAAGAAGUUUGAGGAAAACGAGAACUUUCAGAAUCUUCCAGAAGUAAAUACUAAAAACAGUGAAAUGUCAAUGGAAAAACCAGAAAAUACUAUAAUACAGAAAUGUAAUUCUGGACAAGAAAUAAAGACAGACACUAUGAGUUUUUGUUCAGAUACUAACUACAGAGAAAAGGAGGAGAAGAAAAAAGGCCCAUUUAUAGAAAUAAUAGAAGAUUUACAGCUUUUUGAAAAAAGCUCCAAGAAUGAAAGUGAUCCUGCUAUACCUCAGGAUGAAAAUCAAAGUGAAGUCUCCCUAAGCAAAACCCUCUGCAUAGAAAAAGAACUAAUCAGUCAAGGACAAACCUUAAAUGUUACAGACCUUAGAAAAGCAGUUACUUCAGAAAAAAAAGACAAGGUGCAUUUGGAAAAAGACAAUGAUUGUACAGAAUUUAAGUCACCAAACAAUUCAUUUUUAAUGGCAGAUAGAGCGACAGAAACAGAAAAGAUACACCUAGAAAGAACUGAAAGAUCUGAUCUUCACCAUGCAGAUAUCCACCUGGAGGUUGAAAAUACCAUAACAUCAUCUAACAAUAUCUUAAAUGAGAUGUCUCACCAUACAAAUCAAAAGAAAGAUGGUUCUGAAGAUGAACCAUUCAAACAAUUCAGAUUGCUUCCAGGGAUUCAAGAAAAUGCCACAGAGAAGGAAAUUCCAAAUAGUGACCAAACGAGAGCAGAUCUGGAUUCAUCUCUAAAUGUAAAAAAUCCUGUUCAGUGUCAGAAAUACAGUUUGCAGGAUUCAAGUAAUGUUAUGUUAGAUGAUAAACAAUGUAAAAUAAACCAAAUGCAACUGUUAAGUAAAAAAAGUGAGUGCAGUGUAUUGCCAUUUAAACAAACUUCAGUUUUUCAGCAAAUCUGUAACGAUACCUCAGAGAAACCAGAACUACCUAUUUCCUCUGAUACAGCAGUUAACCACCCCAUUUCAUCUGCUUUCAGUGAUAAUUUGAAAGUACUUAAGAAUGCAAAUAAAAAUGUUAAUAUUAUGCCUACAUUGGUGAAACCCAACUCAAGCCCUAGGGAAAGAACUAUAUGGAAAAAUCUGAAUGAUAUGGAUACUAGUCAACUAAAGAACUCUUUGGGAUAUUUAGAAAACAGUGUCACCAUUUCCCAUCUCCAGAUUAACAAUGAGAAUGUACAUACUUCACAAGCCAAAGACAUGAAAACGGCUGUUCCUACAAAAACUUCCACAGAAAUACAGUUUUCCAAUAAAGAGAGUCAGAUUGAUGAGAAUCAGAUAACUGAAGCCACAAAAAAUGACCUCUUCCUUUUUGUGAAUGUUAAUGAAAGACAGCAUACAUUGUUAAAUAAUACAGAGAAAACAGAGUCAUUAAAUGACAUCGUUUCAGAAAUUUACAGUGAAGGACAGCUGGAAGAAUCAUGUUCAUUUCACAUAGAGCCAUCUGGAGAUUUAGUAAACAGAAGUGGAAGGUCAGCCUUUGAUCUUUCAACUUCAGAUAAAAAAACUGAGAAAAUUCCAGUAUAUGUGAAUUUCUUAGACCCCAGUCCUUGGUCAAAAGUAAAUCAAAUUGAAAGUCAAACACUGAGCACUUCAACCUCUAGCAUUCCUUUGUUGCUGCAGGAGAGACCAACAGGCCCAUCAGAAAACAAAAAUAUGGUUUCAGUGACACUUUGCAAAAAUGUUGAUGAUAUCAGGAAGGAUACUGGCCCAGAUACUACCAGCAUUAACAGAGUUGCUGACACUUUGAAUAGCUCAAGUAUCCAUCCAGAUCCCAAGGGAGAGCCCAGCAAAGAGAGGAAUGCAAUUGCAAAGACUUUUUACGAUUCUUCUUUUCCCACAGAACACGUGAAAAUAAAGCCGCUGAAAUCAACUCUGCCACAAAGCCAUUUUCAGGCAAUCAAGAUUAAAGAUACUACCAAUGUGGCUGCAUCAUCUCCUGGUGAAGAGGACUGGCAGAGCCUGGAAACAAAUCAAGUUAAUGAAAUCGAAAAGUUCCUAAGCUUAGAAAAUGACAACCACCCUAAGAAAAGAAAAACAGAAGAGAUGCUGGAAAAAAUGACAGAGUAAAAAGGAUGUUGAUAAAUGCUUUCAAGUGGUGAAUGGACUUAAUUGAAAUAUUAAUCAUAUGGUUUUGACUAGAACAGAAUGUUACACUUCAAGCUUUUCAGUUAUACACACUUUUCCAAUUUCUUUUCAUGUGAUGAAAUUAUGUUUUUUUGCAAAUGCUUCAUCUAAGGUAGCUAAGAUUGCUUGGUAGCAUCCAAUUCCCCUUAAGAAAAUGUGCCCUCUUCUGUACAUCCUUUUACCAAAAAGCUCUUGUUGCACCUUCAACCCCCUUCCUUGCAGAACACAACUUCCGUAUUAUACAAGAUAGGUGGUGACCCUUUGUAACUUAUUACUUUGUAUUCUCUGAAAUUUGUGACUUUUUACAUUUCUUUUAAGACAAUAAAUGUCCAGACUGUAGU